GUCCAUCAAAGUGGAGAUAUGAAACCAAGCUCAAAUUCGAAUCUGGGCCGGGCCGCUUCAUAUAUGAUUCCUGGGUGGGCUUUCUCAUAUGGGAGGGGUGGCUUUCUUCAGUUCGGCUUUGACGAGAUCCGCGUGCUAUUGGGCACUGGAAAGUCGCAUGGGACGUGGCAAGAAAGACGCCGUGGGAUGAACGGGGCCGGGGAAAUCAAAUUUGUGUGGGAGUGGAUGGAGGGCGCUUUCUUUUGAAACCAAUCAUAGGCACGUGCCGCGUGAUGCCUUCCAGUUCUCCCACCAUCACUUGCUGCUUUUGACCGGGCCUGCAUUAUGAUCCGCCACGUGUCCCGUAGCUGGCCUGUCGGCGGCAAAAGUAAAUAAAUUCCCCGCCCCUGGUGUCCGUUCCCAGCCUCAUCUAAUCUAACCCUCCUUGACGAAAUUGCCCACACCCCGGCCUUGAAUACUUCCAGUUCCAGAUAUCAUAAUAAGCGUAAUAGUUGGACGCUUGUUUGGGCAUUCCAGUAAUUUCAUCCCUUGACAGCUCUCUCCCACAAGUCUUUCCAGUGCAGUACUGCACCGCCCUGAGUCUAGAAAGAGAAGUCUAUCUUUCCCCAACAGUUCAGCUAGCUUCCUCCGCUGCUUCUUUGCGUUCAUCCAAAAUCCCCAACUCCACCAUUUCUCCCAUCUCCAUCUCUCUUUUGCAAGAUCCAGAAGUUGCCUCUUAUCACAUUUUCUCAAUUCGGGUUCCUGCUUUUUCAAAAGGGGCGCCCCGCCUCUGCUUUGCCUUCCGCUUUCUUUUGCGCUGCUUGCUUUCGUUCUAUGGUUUGCAAGCUAUGGAUACAAAGAAAGUCGGAUUGCCAGACCAACUCCUGCUCUCCCCAACGAGGAAGUUGCUAUCUGGGUUCGCUCUCUGGAUCGCCAGCGCCUUUUUCAUUGUACUCUCUGUGCUCCUCCUCAGCAGUUCCUUAAAGGGGCGCGCCGUGUUCCAAGGGUUUAAUCACGUCAGUGUCAACUCCUCCUCCCUUGUUUCCUCUUGGCCCUUCUCGUUUCCCGCUUCUUACUUCCCCGGCAAAGACAACGCCACAGCAAAUGCAUUUGGGGUGGUUUUGGGGAAAGUGCAUUUGCGGAAUUCGAGUGAUGAGAGUGGGAGCGGAGAUCCGAAAGGAGGCUUCGUUGUAGUCGGCAAGGAAGAUCCGGCAAGUGUUCGACAAAAUACCCAAGUGGCGCAAGGCGAAAAUCUCACUGAUUCUACCGGGGUUGGAAGUAAUAUCCAUGGUUUGCUGACCAAUGGAAGCUUGCUCGUUGGAGAGCCGAUUGCAGAAUCCGAAUCUAGAGAGAUUUCUGUUAAAGCAAAUAUGACAGAUCAUGCAGGGAGACGGAAUACUACUAGUAAAGAAGCUGACUGGUCCAACGGUAGGGCUGUAGAGCAAGGUGAAGAUGAAAAACAAAGUACAGAAGCUUCUUACCAGAACUGCGAUAUAUUUGAUGGAAGGUGGGAGAGAGAUGACUCCAAGCCCUUUUAUCCCGCUGGGUCUUGUCCCCAUAUUGAUAAGGAUUUUGAUUGCCACUUUAACGGAAGGCCUGAUUCUGGAUAUGUCAAAUGGAGGUGGCAACCAAAUGGGUGUGACAUCCCAAGGUUGAAUGCCACUGAUUUUCUAGAGAGAUUAAGAGGGAAGAAACUGGUUUUUGUGGGGGAUUCCCUUAAUAGAAAUAUGUGGGAAUCCUUGGUUUGCAUUCUUCGUCAUAGUAUCAGGAACAAGAAGAGAGUUUAUGAGAUAUCAGGAAGGACAGAGUUUAAAAAGAAAGGUUUCUAUGCCUUCUUCUUUGAGGACUACAACUGUACUGUGGAUUUUGUUGGCUCUCCUUUCCUUGUCAGAGAAUCAUCGUUCUCUGGUGCAAACGGAACAUUCGAGACUUUAAGGUUGGAUUUGAUGGACAAGACAACUUCAAUGUAUCAUGAUGCCGAUAUCCUAGUUUUCAACACGGGUCACUGGUGGACUCAUGAGAAAACUUCUAAAGGAGAAGACUACUAUCAGGAAGGUAGCCAUCUACAUCCAAGGCUCAAGGUACUAGAAGCAUAUAAGAGGGCACUUAAAACCUGGGCCAGAUGGGUGGAUCGGAGUACAGAUCGAAGCAGAACUCAUGUCUUUUUCAGAGGCUAUUCAGUGACCCAUUUCAGAGGUGGCCAAUGGAACUCAGGAGGACAAUGCCAUAAAGAAACAGAGCCCAUCUUCAAUUCAACUCAUUUAGCCAAGUACCCAACAAAAAUGAAAGUCUUGCAGAAUGUUCUCAACGAAAUGAAAACUCCAGUUACUUAUCUCAACAUUAGUAGGCUCACGGAUCACAGAAAAGAUGCCCACCCAUCAAUUUACAGAAUGAAGUACAAGACGGCUGAAGAACUCAUUGCAGCUGAACGGGCUCAAGAUUGCAGUCACUGGUGCCUUCCAGGAGUGCCAGAUACCUGGAAUGAACUCCUGUAUGUCUCACUCUUGAAGUCUGGGUUCGGAUCCUGGAAGACAUGAGUCAACUUUCGCCUGCGGUGCACCUACUGAACUUUUAUCAGUAGGGGGUCGCGAAGAUCGGAAAGUCAUGCUUCAUCCCAUUACAUAUUACUACCAUUCUUUGAGAACUUAACAGAGUCUAGCUCAUCUCUGUAGUAACCUUUUCCAAUUACCUGUAGAAAGUAAGCUUGUUGAUGCUAAAAUGAAUGUAAUUUGAGCGGCUAGCUCAAUUAGGCACAGAGAAUUGUAAAUUUUGAUACCAGGUGGGUCCUGUCUUCAGUCCCGUGUUACAGAAGUGGCCAUAUGUUAGAUUCUUGUACUGUUCUACACUUUUACUUGCUUAUUCACGAUCAUCAAUAAGAAAGGGAGAAGGGUUUUGAGUUCACUCAGUAUGUCAUGUUGAUGUGACGAGUUGGCUGAAACUAAAUACCACAGUUUGAGAGCAAUCGAUUAGAUUCUUUCAUCAGAAAGCAAAGGUUGAACAAACCUAGGGGAGAGGAUUACAUACAUCCAUACGUUUAUUGUUGUGCUCCUAUGAAAACAUUUCAGAAACAGAGAAACCCUGGAAACCAAUUAUCAAAUUAAGCAGAUCAAACCAAACUUAAAAAGUCAGGCCGAGCUUCUGCAGAAUCAAACAACAUUACCCAAUGCAAUCCCUUUUCUUUUUCAUACUUGUCCAUCCAACAUAAAGAAAACAUCAAGAUAAGGUAGAAUGGUUAAAGAAAAGAUACAAUUGUUUAGCCAUAAGAGAAGACUCAUGACUGAGCCGGUUUGCCUUUCUGUGACUUGCCGGUCUGCCAGGGGACGAUCGCCUUCAGCCUGAUCAUAAGCACAGGCCAUGGCUGAAGAGUGAUCCAUCUAACUGGCAAACUGUUGAGGAAGACCAUUGGAGGGAGGACGAAGGAACCGACCAAAGGCAAGUUGGCACCACCACCUCACCCACCAAUCUGCCACCCCCACAAAUUCCCAUGCUUUCUUUCUUCUCUUUUCAGAGAUAUGGAUGGAAGGAUGAUUCUUCACAGAGGAUUUCCAUGCCUAUCAGAUUCCAAAGAAGAAAGAAACUAAACAUGAUAAGGAGCGGUAUCCAAUGGGAAUAAUUUGGCUCUUUGUGUAAAGAGCCAAAUGGUGGGGGGGUGAAGGACCUUGGUGAGGUAAUGAAGGAGGGGUUUAAAUAGAUAAUUUCCAUUCGUUCAUUGCAUAAUUUCCCAUCUCUUUUUCUCUUUCCUUUGUUCAUUUCUUGUUUAUAUGUUUAGUAAUCUUGUUGCGAAUUUCACUUUUGGAAAAACAAUGCGUGGGGUAUAGUUGGGAGUAAAGUGACUAAUUAUUG